AUGGAUGUUUCUCCUGAAACUAAACUCAACAAGCAGAUAACAACUAGUUACAGUAGUUUUGCUGGUUCGUGUCAGUUGGCUGAUGGCUCAUCACCAAGAGACUUCACCUGUGACUUGAAUAAAAACCAUGAUCUACGCCAUCUCACAAAAGAGAUCCCUCUGAAAGAGUUUGUGUCUGGUAGUCAAGAGCUGUUCAGCCUAGACCUGUCCAAUCUCAAAGAGACAGACAGAGACGGUUCCAGUCAGGACAGCCUCACGCCUCUGUACGCUGGAUCUAUCAUCUUUGCCUUUGGAUUGACCAUAAUCUUGAUCCUGCAUAUUUAUCUGGGGGAAAGUUUGGUGCGAGUUAAAGGUGUGCUAGUGUCAGAUCACGAGCUCUGCAGCGCACUUGGCCAAAAAGUCCUUCAGGAUCACGGAUCGAGUGUGGAUGCAGCCAUCACUGCCGCCCUGUGCUUGGGUGUGGUGCAUCCACACGUGUCAGGUGUUGGUGGAGGUGGGUUGAUGCUGGUGCAUGACAUCAAUAAGAAUGAAACCAGGGUGAUAGAUUUUCAGGGAACUGCAGCUGAAACACUUCCAGAGGAGAUGCUGCAAAAUGUGUCAGAGCUUGAGGCAGGUCUACAAGUAGGAGUGCCAGGUAUGCUCAGAGGGUUACAUCAUGCUCACUCCCUGUACGGAAGUCUAUUGUGGGAGGAUGUGGUUGCCAGAGCAGCCGCUGUUGCCAGAGAAGGUUUCAAUGUGUCUUCGGAUCUCGCUGAGGCCAUAUUGAAGGUAAAAGGUGAGAAGCUACCACAGCGCUUCAGGGACGUGUUCUUCCCUCGGGGUCAAGCUCUGCGUCCUGGUUCUUUUCUGAGGAUGUCCAAUCUGGCAGGAGCCCUAGAGGCUGAUCUGUCAAACUGUUAUAAUAGGAACUUCUCACAAGAGAUAGUGGAUGAGGUGCAAUCAAAUGGAGGCGUCUUGAGCAUAGAGGAUGUUUGUAACUACACUGUGGAAGUUGAAGAACCAGUUAAAGGCCUAUAUGAGGAGUUUAUCAUCCAAGUUCCUCUCCCCCCGUCGGCUGGAGCAGCAUUGAUAUUAGCUCUCAAUGUGUUGGAGGGCUUCCAUCUCAACGAGAAAAACAAUACAAACAAUCAAACAAACCACUGGGUUGAUGAGGUCCUGAUUGGAGCUUUAGCUAUGACCAUUGGUUUGGGUGACACUAAACAUAACUCUUCAUUAACUGAGCUGCUCUCUGACAUGCUGAGUGACUCCCACAGGACUCUGCACGACUUCACCGUCAACUCCCUCCAGCCUGAGCUGCAGGCUGGACGAGUCGUAGUCAUGGGACCAGAUGACUUCAUGGUGUCAGUUGCAAGUUCCUUAAGCCGGCCGUUCGGGAGCAGACUCAUGACUCGGUCAGGUGUAAUUCUCAACAGCCUCAUGCUCGACUACUCCUGGCCAAAUAAAACAAAAGAGCAAACCAUCCAGAGAAAUGGUGUCCAGCCAGGAAAGAGGCCCCUGUCGUUCCUCAUGCCCACAAUAGUGGUGCCAGCCAGGCAUAAAUGUGGGAUCUAUAUGGUGCUGAGCAGCUCAGGUGGACAAGAGUGUUUCAGUGCGACCACACAGGUGUUGAUCAAUGCACUGUCCAAAAACAAAGAGAAGAAUGUCAGCGUCUCCCUGAAAAGACUCCACGUGCCACACGGACCUCUUGUUGACUUGGAGUUUCCAGCAGAGGGUGUUCAGGUCUUUCAUCAAAAGAGUCGUGCAGCUCUGGGAGCGAAGACAAACUGUGUUGUCCAGGGGAUCCUGAGGAACAAAGACAUCAUUCAGGCCAUAUCAAUACCCCAAUUAUCAGAUGAUUUAUAAUUUAAACCUCAUUAACAUAUCUGGUAGUACUGGGGUAAGCUGUUGUGCCAAUGAACGGUGUAUGUUUAUGGUUUGUGUGCAGUGAUCCCACCCUGCAGAGGUCAUUCCUCUAACAAGAACUUCCUUUUAAAAAUACGCAAUAAUGUAUUAAUAUGUGUUGUCUUCAAAGUCAUUAAUUGAAAUGAAAGGGAAAUAAGUGAGCUCCAGACUGAUGUUGUUAUCAGUAGUAGCACCACACGAGUGAUGAUGCAGGUUGAGCAAACAUGAACACUGUGACUAUGCUGGAGAAAAUGAGGGUGGUUACAUAAAACAGAUGCACACUGAAGAUACUGUCAGACAGGCUGUGUCAAAGGCUCAAACAUAUCACGAGUUGAUUCUGCAGGAACACAAACAUGUCACUCAAAACAUUGCACUCCAGGCAUCGGUUACAGUCAUGGAGCCAGUGUCCCUCCAUUCCUCAAGUGUUCUUUCCUUGAGUGAGUGAACUUGUGGUGUUUGAGAAAUGCUUGCUUACUCCUCAGAGGUUUUUUUUUCUGUCAGGCAACUACAGUAUGACCCUCACCCUCCUGACCCUUAAGACAAAGAAGAGCGUUCUUACCCCUUUAAAAUGUCUUUGAGAAAUGUUGUCUGCUGUAGUUCAGCCAUUUCUAAACAAGGGAAUGUUCAUCAGUUUGUCAACUUCGCUAAUAUGUUAACUAUUUAGCUCCAGAUGAAAUGACAUUUAUGUCCCCUGUGACAGGCAAGCAGAUUGGCAGGCAGGCAGAUGUGGGUAAAAAAGGUUUUGGAAGACAACAAUGUGGUAAAGCAUGUUUUUCAAUCUCCAGGAUAGCAGAGGAGGGCGUGGGAUCUGAGCACUCUGUAGGUCUCCCAAAUAAUGAAUAAUGAACCAAAUUAAAUUGUUACCUGCACCAAGGUCCUUAUGUUUUCUACUCCUGUUCUUUGUUUGGUUGUGUGUUUAUUUGCUUGUUUUUUUUUUAGCAAGAUUACACAAAAACUACUGGACGGAUUAACAUGAAACUUGGUGGAAUCAUGUACUAUGGGUCAGGAAAGUUCCCAUUAAAUGUUGGUGCGGAAUAAAUGUCAGGAUUUUUUCACUUUAACAUUGUGAGA